AUGACAGACAUCACCGCAGACUUCAAUGUCUACCUGAAGGACAAGGGCGCCGAACCAGUCCUUCCUACACCCUAUGAUCUGCAGCACAUCGAGACUUUCCUGCAAGAGGCAUACAGUAUAUACGCGCGAGUGACAGAUUUAUAUCGCGAGCUCUGUUCCAUCCGCCCGGCAUACCUCUCGGCAGCACAACCCUCACGGCGUCGACAUGUUGGCGAUAACACCGAUCGAGCACGGCCGUUGACAGAUACGGAACGAGACGCCAUAGAUGCGCAGUCGAAACAGCUGCUGCGACAGCUUAAUGGCGCCAUCACGGGACUGAAGCAGGCCGAAGAUGUGCGGAACCAGACGUACGAGUCUGUCGCGUUGUCGAAGCGUGCACAGGGUGGCUUGAUGGGCCUGGGGAGAUGGGCGGCAGGAGGUGCACAAACGGCAAAAUCGCCGCAAGAGGAGCUCGAGGAGGCAGCUCGGGAGACGAUCAAGACGGUGCGAGAGAACAUCAUUUCCUACCUGCAGCAGAAAUUGGGCGAGGCCAUGAGAGUGCAAAGUGAAAUGAUGGACAUACGCUUGACAAGGGAAGUGGAGAAGUCCAAGUCCAUUCUGGCAAAGUCGGCUGGAAAUGGCCACUUAGCACACAGCUUCGACCAUGCACAGGAGCCCACGUCCGCAGAAUAUGGCCUCACCCAGGAGCAACUUCAGCUCUUUGCCGAGGAGAAUUCGGAGCUGCUCAGGCACUACGAGGACCAACUGGACCAAGUCCGAACUGCGGAGAAGAGCAUUCUCGAGAUCAGUGAGCUACACAGCACUUUGCAUGCAAACCUGACUCAGCAGAGCGAGAACAUUAGCCAGCUGGUGCAGGACUCUUAUCUGACCACCGAAAACCUGGGCAAGGGUAAUAAGGAGCUCAAGCGUGCGAGUGAAAGAAAGAGCACUGCACAGGCGGUAUUCUGGUCCACUUGCGGCUUCUGUGCAUUCCUGGUCGUCUGGGACCUCAUAUUCUAG